CACCUGACUCUGGAAAAGGUAGAAAUGAAGCGCAUAUGAUUUCAGAGGUCGAGAUCGGAAAUUCUUAUGUCCCAGAGUCCGCCGAGCACUUUGUAUGACAGGCGCAACGGCGAGCCGCGCAGUCGCACGCUGCCGCGCACGGGCGCGCGGGCGCCGGGGGGCGCGGGGGCGCCGGAGGGCGCGGGGGGCGCCGGGGAGCGGGGCGCCGGCAAGUGCGCCUCCUCGCCCACCGAGCUGCACCGCGCGGCCGAGGAGCCGCAGUACACGCACUACCUGUUCGCCGUCCACAGGAAGCAGGUGCGGUCGGACGCGUACUUCCUGCCGUGGCAGCGGCGCGGCGCGGCGCUGUUCGGCGCGCCCGCGCUGGUGCCGCUGGCGGCCGGCGCGCCCGCCCGCCGCCUGUACGCCGCCGUGUGGGCGCAGCUCGCGCGCCUGCUGUCCGCGCGCCCCGCCGCCGACCGCCACAACCACGCCACCGACUGCGACGACAGCCUGGGCUACGAGUUCCCGUUCACGCUGCGCGCGGUGGACGGCGCGGGCGCGUGGUGCGCGCGCUGCGGCUGGCCCGCGCUGUGCCGCGGCUGCGCGCUGCCCGCCGACGGCCGCCCGCUGCUGCUGCCCGCCGCGCCGCGCCCGCCCGAGCCAGAAGAGAGCGACACGCACGCGCGCACGUACUGGAGCACGCGGGGGCACGCGGGCGGCUCGCCCGGCGCCCGCACCGCCCUGCAGCGCCGCAACAGCGGACGGGACAGCUUCGAUGACGAAGGGCGGGCCGGCGAGACGGAGCCGGGCGAGAUCAGCCCGGAGGAGUUCACGGCGCUGGUGCACGGCGGGCGCGGGCUGCUGCUCGCCGUGGACUGGGAGCCCACGGCGCUGCACCUGCGCUACCAGACGGCGCGCGAGAAGGCGUGCGCGGAGCACGCGUCCGUGGCGGCGUGCCGGCGCGCGGCCGCCAGCGCCGUGGACCUGGCCAGCUGCCUGCGCGCCUUCACCUCGGAGGAGCGGCUCGAGCAGCGCUACCGCUGCGCCGCGUGCCGCGCCGCGCAGCCCGCCACCAAGAAGCUGCAGCUGUGGCGCGCGCCGCCCGUGCUCAUAAUUCACCUGAAACGAUUCCAGUACGUGAACAACAAGUGGAUUAAAUCUCAGAAGGUGGUCAAUUUUCCGUUCCACGAUUUCGACCCGACACCGUACCUCGCGUCCGUGCCGCAGGAGACGAUCCUCCGCCACAAGGAGCUCAGCAGCCGCCGGAAGUCCUCCCUGCUGGUGGACGUGGAGGAGCCCAUAUCCGAGAGCGAGUCGGAGGACGAGAUCGAUGAGGGAAGAGCCAAGCCAGUGCCGGAGAGGAAAAGGAGGGAGCCCGCAGUGCGAGGGCGCAAGCGGCUCGAGUCCAGCAGCCUCGCGACGACGCCCGUGCAAGAUGACAACCUGGUGGACUACCACAAGCAUCACUUGGUGCCUGAACAGGAUCCGUUCGAUUUGAAGUAUCGACUGUACGCGGUUGUGUCGCACACGGGGCAGCUGAGCGGCGGGCACUACGUGUGCUACGCGCGGCACCCGAGCGGCGCGUGGCUGUGCUACAACGACUCGUCGUGCCGCGCGCUGGCCGCGCCCGCCGUCGACCCGGCGGCCGCCUACCUGCUGUUCUACGAGCGGCAGGGGCUGCGCGCCGCCGCCUACCUGCCGCGCGCGCCAGUCAGGUGCGUCGCGACUUGCAUUACACGAAUCUGCGUCCGAAUAAGAAAAUGA